AUGGCUUCCCUCAAGCGUCUCGCUGUUCAGCGUAGCCCAGCCUACAAGGCUGUUGGCACCAAGAGCUACUGCUAUGCCAUGACCAAAUACGGCUUCAACCCUACCAAGCCCGGUCCAUACUUUCAAGCUAAAGUGAUGACACAGCAAGGAAAGUUUGGUGGAGUCGGCGGCCGCAUGCGUACACACUAUGUCCUCCGAAAGCACAAGCAUCACCAUCACCAUCACCAUGGUUCCUCACCACCUGGCAGUACUCCCAGCCAACCCGCCCCUAGCGACCCUACACCCAGCGAACCUGCACUAUCUGAUGGAGGUGACGUGGACGGCGAGGUCCCAGCCGAAGACAUCCAGAACGACUCCUUGUAUCUUUGCGAGAUUGGUCUCGGUACACCAGAGCAGAAGCUUUACCUAGACUUCGAUACUGGAUCCUCAGACUUGUGGGUAUGGUCUACCGAGCUUCCCAAGAACAUCCUUAGCUCCGCCAACCCUGCAAUCCAACAAGUCGCUUUCGAUCCAUCAAAAUCGUCUACCUUCAAGAAGUUGGACGGAGAGAAAUGGAAGAUCUCCUACGGCGACUCGUCGUCCGCAAGCGGCGAUGUAGGUACCGAUGUCAUCAACCUGGGUGGUCUCAAGGUUGAAAACCAAGCCAUCGAGUUGGCCAAGAAGCUGUCGCAGCAAUUUGCACAAGGCAAUGGAAGCGGUCUUCUCGGCCUUGCUUUCGACACCAUCAACACUGUGACCCCAACCCAGCAGAAAACUCUAGUGGACAACAUCAUCAGCCAAAACCCAGGAAAGGCACAGUUGUUCACUGCUUACCUGGGUAGCUGGCGUGAUACAAACGAGGCUGACAAGGGAGAGAGCUUCUACACCUUUGGGUUCAUCGACCAAGACACCCUAAAAGCCGCGGGUGCCACAGAGCCCAACUACGCUACCAUCGACAGUCGCCAAGGUUUCUGGCAACUCGAGUCCACAUCCGCCACCAUCAACGGCACAACCAUCAGUCGCUCUGGUAACACUUCCAUCAUGGACACCGGCACGACUCUAUGCCUGGUUGACGACGCCCUCGUUGAGGCAGUCUACAAGGCCAUUCCCGGCUCAAAGUACGACCGGACUCAACAAGGCUACGUAUUCCCUGCAUCGACUUCUGCAGAUGAUCUGCCCGAGGUUAAACUCGCGAUUGGAGAAGACAUGGUUGUCUUCCAGAAGGAGGACUUGGGCUUUGCUGAUGCAGGUGAUGGCAUGGUGUAUGGAAGCAUUCAGAGUAGGGGUUCCAUGGACAUGGACAUUUACGGUGAUGCUGUGUUGAAGGCCAUGUAUGCGAUCUUUGACAUGAACAAUGGUUCUCCGAGGUUUGGUUGGGUGCAGAGGAAAGAGGCUACCCAGAACACGGCUGUGCCACCGCAGUAA